UUAAAAGCAAUUGAAUUGUUAAAGUCAUCCUGAAGCAAAGCAUUACUGAAUAUAUACUAUUAUGCUUAAUUUAAGGAAAUUUCAACCUUAUCAGCCCCUGGUCUUUGGCUGGGGCGGUCUUACUCGAUCUAGUUUUAUAAAGAGGUACGGUUGCUUGGUGCUAUCAUAAACAUAAGAAAAAAUUACUCUCUUUAUCAGUUAAUGAUGCUACCAAAAUUGGCCCGUGUUUUACCUUCUUACCUAGUUUGGCCCACUUUGUGUAUAACUUGAUAAAAGAUUUCAUUCCUUAGCCCAACAUUAAAGACAGUCUCACGAAUGGAAGUGUCACUAAAUGAUGCCAAAAUAUGGGCAACACCAAGAACGAGCUCUCCAUACUCAAAAGUUGGUUUGCCUUUUACAUUCUCUUCGGCGUCUUCGAAAUGAUUUUGAGCUGAUGAAACUGCAUUGUUUGGUUGAGGUAGUGUAUUCAGUUUUUGGAUGAGCCAAUUAGGUGGAAAGUUUUAUAGUCCAAAUUGCAGAGAUCAUCAUGGUCCUAGACCAUGGAAGAAGAAAUCCAAAUCAAGAUAAGCAAUACUUGCUGAAAGCGCAGGAAGAGAAAUCCUCUGAGGCAGCAAAACCAGUGGAAGAAACUGAGGUUAAGACCCCUUCAGCUGCUCCAACUGAAGAAGUUAUGUCCAAAACUGAGGAAGAUCCAGUGGUUGAGAGCACCAAAGUUUCCCCUGCACCUGAGGAAAACAGUGAAGCUGCAGCUGAAUCAUCUGAAGCCUCUCCACCUAUCAAGGCUUCCAGUGAUGAAAGCAGCGAAAGUACUGAAGAUGAGACCUCGGGAAAUGAGGAAUCUGCUGUUGAAACCCCUGAGAUUAAGCUUGAGACAGCGCCUGCUGACUUCCGCUUCCCUACUACAAAUCAGACAAGGCACUGCUUUACCAGAUAUGUCGAAUAUCAUCGCUGUGUAGCUGCAAAGGGUGAAGGUGCACCUGAGUGUGACAAAUUUGCCAAGUACUACCGUUCCCUUUGCCCUGGUGAAUGGAUUGACAGAUGGAAUGAGCAAAGAGAGAAUGGCACCUUUCCCGGACCAUUGUAAGUUGUGGUGCCCAAUUGUUCUCGUCCUUGCUGCAUCUGAAUUCCCAAAUGAAUGGGGACUCCAUUUUUGUUAUCAAUAAAUUUUGGCGUGCUUAUUGGAACUAGCUCAAGCCUUCAAUGAGUUCGCACCUACAAAAGAAGUUGUUUUGGAUCAUCUCUUAUUGAGUUAUCAUCUUCGUAAGUACAAUUUCACGCAUCAGUCUCUUGUAGUUUACUCGUGAUGAAUCAUCUAUUGUUCACAUUUUAUAAACGAUUCGAACUGAUGAUUAAUCACACAAAUAAUGCUUAUUUUUCCAUCCCUA